UAUAUAGGUGUAUACUAGUGCAACAUUAUCAGGUAGGUAUGACUGACAGAAUUAGGUAUGUGAGCAACAGAAUAUGGAGUUAGAGAAUUAGAUGAGUUUGGCCAAGGGAAUAUAAUGUAGGUGAGCUGAUAAUGUCAUUUGUAGGUGCUAAUUGUAUUAAGGAGACAGAUUAAUGUUGGUGGGAGGUAUCAGAAAUAGGUUUGUGAAACACAGGUGAUAUAAUGUAGGAAUGAAUUGAGGAAUGAAGUCCUGUAUGUAGGUGUCAGUACCAUAUUAAGGUGGGUAUGAAAUAACAGAAUGGAGGAGGGGGUGACAACACAAGGUGAGUAGACUGUAGGAAGGGGACAGAAUGACAGGAGAUAAGGGACACACACACACAAGCUACAGGUGUCUGGUGGAUAAGGGAUGCUGCUGGGCAGAUAAUGAAAAGGGGCUUAUUAAUUCCUGGAAAUAUUUUCAUAAGAGGGGAAUGUAGCGGGUCCCACCACUGCCCCCCCCCAGUCCCGAGUGAGAGAGAUAAAAGAAUAUUAAAUAGAAAGUGAAUGAGAAAAUCAGCCCCCCCAAAAAGCAAAGAGGAGGGUGGGAGAUGCCUGUCAGGGCAUGGGUGGGGCUGACAAGAAUUGAGUACAUUAUGCAGUUCAUUUAGUGAACAAGUGAAAUAAUGAGGGAGCGUGCAGAGUGAAUGCCAAGAGAAAAGGCACAAAAAGGCUAUUGAGUGCACCCGAGAUCACAUGGCCGGAGCCUAUUUAAUUGUCGGGAUUAGGGUUUCAGCACCACACACUGCUGGCCAGCACCCUGCGCUCUAACACUAACUCUAACACCGCUCACACACUCACACUCUCUGCCUCCCACCUGCUCUGCUUGUCUUCUCCAGUAAUUUGGCACUCUACCAACCGAAGCCUGGCUACUGCACUCAUGCCUCACUCCUUCCUAGUGGAUUCCCUUAUCCUAAGGGAGACAAACGAGAAGAAGGACGAGAACAUCCCUCCUCUGUUCCCCUAUGCGGUGCACCGCCCUCACCCCUUGCAUGGAUUGUCAGCUGGGUCCUGCCACUCUCGUAAAUCCGGACUCCUGUGUGUGUGUCCCAUGUGUAUCACUGCCUCCCACCUGCACCCACCUCCACCUGGCAUCCCUCUGCUCAAAGCUUCCUUCACCUCCUUUGGCACCCAGUACUGUCCCACAACCUUGGGCAGGCAGCACUCUUCUUCUGGCAUCAACCUCAGCCAUGGACCAGCUCUGUACCAGGCAGCCUAUCCACUCCCCGACCCCAGGCAGUUCCACUGCAUCUCUGUCGACAGCUCAGCCAGCCAACUGCCCAGCAGUAAGAGAAUGCGCACAGCCUUCACCAGCACCCAACUCCUAGAAUUGGAGCGUAAAUUUGCCUCCAACAUGUACUUGUCGCGGCUCAGGCGCAUUGAAAUUGCCACCUACUUGAACCUCUCAGAGAAACAGGUGAAAAUCUGGUUCCAGAACAGGAGGGUGAAGCACAAGAAGGAAGGCUCCCACAGGAUCAGUCCCCACGGCUGUAAGUGCUCGUCCUUAUCCAGCAAGUGCCUGGAGGAAGAGGAGGAUGAGGACUUGGAUAUGUCUCCCAGCUUCAGGGACCUCUCCCCAAGUCCCUAACUCACAGGAUCACAAGACUCUCAGACAAUUAGCACUGCCAAUGUAAAUGUAUAUAAUGACUUUGUACAUAGUGGGGUAAACAAAAAAACAAAAUACCAAACAGCCACUGGACAAGCACCAACCCAUAAACGCCUGAUAUAAACUAUUCCCUGCCACCGGGUAAUCUCCCUGAAGAAGAGAGUUUCAUAUAAUUUCUAGUAGGAAACUAACCUGCUCCUGAUGCACUUUGUUUGGGGGUUAUUCAGCCUACAUCUCCUAUGAUCCCCUGACAGCCUGGCCUCUAGAAAUUGGGAAUUAUAAGGAGUCAGACGCAGGUGGGAGACGGCUGUCGGGUUCUGAGGAUUGAGCAUCACAUCUUUAUGAAUGUACGGGAUUUUGCAACACUAUAGAAAUAUUGUAAGAUUCUUGAGAAUAUAAAUUUCGUUUA